UGUGCUGUUAUAAAAAAAAAAAAAGAAGUGCCGCUAGUACCGUUGACCAAAGUGCUAAAAAAAAAAAAAAAAUCCGAAGUUGCUGUUCGGUGCAACAAAGUAAAGAACAUUAUACUGAUUCCGCAUGGGUCUGCGUCAACAUCGUCAUCAUCGCUGCUGCUGCGUCAACGCUAACAUUCGCUGCGCUGCUACGUCAACUUUAACAUCGACGGUACAUCCACUGCGUCAACAUCGUCACCAUCGCUGCUGCUGCGUCAACGCUAACAUUCGCUCUGCUGCUACAUCAACUUUAACAUCGACGGUACACACACUGCUGCUGACACUUCGUGGGAAUGAGCUGCAAUUGCAUCGUUUGCAAAAGGGAAGUGAACGCAGGCAAACCGCCGACGCAUUCACAACAGGUUCAUUGGUCGCCGAGGGAUGCCACAGACGAUAUACAGCGACAACGCAACCAACUUCGUCGGCGCCGAUCGCAAGUUGCGCGAACUCAAAGAGGCAUUUCUGUCCCAGUCUCCGCAAAUAAUGGAAUUAGCCGCCGAAGAAGGGUUCAAAUUCGCCUUUAUACCACCGAGGGCGCCGCACUUCGGCGGGUUAUGGGAGGCGGCAGUGAAGUCCGCCAAACACCUCGCCGUGCGCGCAAUGGGCAACGUGCUGCUCACCGCCGAAGAGCUAGGAACACUGCUGGCCGAAGUGGAGGCCAUCCUCAACUCGCGGCCCCUCGCACCGUUGAGCCAGGAUCCCAGCGACGGCGAAGCAUUGACUCCAGCACACCUGCUAAUAGGGUGCUCCCUCCGAGCCUUACCACCGGCGCAAGUGUCAACGGACCCAAUUCGCUAUUGCGAGAGAUGGCAACUUGUUUGCUGUCUCAAGCAACAGUUUUGGCGACAAUGGUCCAAAACGUACAUUACCAGUCUUCAGGAGCGCAACAAAUGGCUGCACCCGAAACGCAACCUGCAGCCCGGCGAUCUCGUCCUCGUCCACGAAGACAACACGCCACCGCAGCAGUGGGCACUAGGACGAAUCGCCGCAACCGUAGAAGGACGAGAAGGAAAGGUGCGAGUGGCAGACGUGGCAACCAAGGCAGGCACCAUUAAGCGCCCUAUUCACAAGCUAGCCCUGCUGCCUAUCGAAGUUGAAGGAUCAUAAUCCUGUCAAGGUGGCCGGUGUUGCGUCAAGCGACUCUAUACGUCUAAAAAUAAUGGUUUAAAAAGAAAUUUGUAAAAUUAAUUAAAGAAUCUAUGAAUAUUAUUAAAUGUUGUUUUUAUAUCAUGUAAAUACUUACCAUUUUUAUAUUAACAAAAAAGAGCAUCUAUUACCAAUGUAUUAGAAGACUCUAUUACCGUGAAUUAUAAGAUUGCUGAAUUAUAUCUACCUAUACUUACCCCUCUCUUAUAUGUAUAUACCUACCUCUAGAUUAAGCCGUUAGGUUAAUUUUUAA